CAGGUGGGCUUUAAUCUCGAAAUAUACUGCUAUUCAUUAUCUGUUCUGCCUAUAUGCGUCGUUUCCACUGACGCUGUAUGUUGAUUGUUAGCUGUUCAUGUCUUCAAGGAGAGAUUUGUUAUUUUUUGUUCUUUUUGGUGUGAUUUUUGUCUCAGAACUUUCUCCCCAUAUACAAAUCCUGUUUUAGAAAUGGAAAAAAUGAGAAAGAAAAUUUCCGAACAGUUUAGUGAGGGGAAAAUUCUGUGAAAAUCGUGCACAUUUUUCUUUUUCCAUCAGUUAUUUGUGAUGAAGGAUGUACCACGACAACAUUUUUUUGUGAAAUGAAAAACAGUGAUUUAUAAAUAUAUAUGUGUGUGAAUUGUUAGAAAUCUCUUUACAAUUUUAGUAGCCCAAUUGCACAAGUUCGAUUUAUCUUAUCAAGCACACAAAGUUAUGAUCAUUUGUGGAACAAUUAGACAUCAAAAGAUAAACGAAAGCUCUUGCCAAUGAAACCUAGCCUUUUAUGUCUUUUGUGUGCGUCUUUUGGAAUUCUUUUUGUUUUUGGACAUUGAUUUCUUUUUCCCUGUUAGGAGAGGGGGAGGGGUCUGGAUUUUCUAUCUGUGAGGUCUUUUAUUAGGCUAGAGAAAGAAUUAGGCCCAUAUAUAUAGGAGAUGAAUGUCACGGAUCUAGUUCUGAUGAUCUCUCUCUGUGUGAUGAAAAUUUGGAUUAUUAAUAGCACUAUAAAGUAGAUGUCAUAAUGAUUACUUCUUGAUGUUCUUUUACUUUUUGUGGCGAGAAAUUCAAUAAAACCGACUCUUGAGGAGUUGAUACCUUGUCAAACAGCUAUUAACAUGCGGAAUGGUUGUGUGAAGAAAAUGCAAGGCUCAACUUCAGACAUGAUCAGUUACCUUCCUAUCAAUUUGAUAGAAAAAAUUUUAACGUGCAUGCCAAUAGUGGAUGCAGUAAGGACAAGUGUUUUGUCAAAGAAAUGGAGGUAUACUUGGGUGACACUUCCUGAACUUGUAUUUGAUGAUGCAUUCUACCGAAGAUCGAGGACAACAUCAAUAAAUAAGCUUUUGUUGACUAUUUAUCAAGUUCUGUUAUUCCAUCGUGGACCAAUACUCAAGUUCAAGCUACACUUAUCUGAAUUGAAAAGCCAUUCUGCUAUUGAUCAGUUGAUACCUUUUGUAUCAAACAAUGGUGUCCUAGAUUUCGUCCUUCAUUUUAUGGGAGGCGAUCCUUAUAAGUUGCCAUCCUCAGUGUUUUCAUGUCUGCAGUUGGAGAAUUUGGAACUACGUUAUUGCUUGUUUGUUCCUCCUCGUGGAUUUAACGGAUUUAGCAAGCUCCUCUCCCUAGAGCUUCAUGAUGUUAUCAUUACAUCUGAGGUCUUCUCUGGUUUGAUUUCCAAUUGCCCACUACUUAAAGAGUUGAAACUUGUUAAUCCUGGUUGCUUCAGUUACCUUGAAAUCACUGCCCCUAAUCUUAGAUGCUUAUAUUGUGAUUUCACUUAUCUAUGUUUAAAAAAUGACAUUCCCCGUCUUAGACUUCCAAUUAGUUGGCUGAUUGAAGUAGAAGUAUCUAACUGGUUCACACUUUUUGCUUCAGUUAUCUAGAUGAUGAUGAUGAUCCAAGUUCAGGCAACAGCUGCAAAUUGACAUUCGCUCACUCCUAUUUCUCUUUUGUGAAAGUUGCAACUUCCUUGGUAUUUGGCCUAAUUAUGAAAAUUUUGUAUAUAUUUGGCCAAAUACAAUACUUCAUGUCGUGGAUGACCAUUGAGACAAUAAAUGCAUUUUGCCUCUGUUUGUUUUGGAAAUUCAGCCUUUACAUUCUUCUUUGAACUGUUCAUUUAUUUUAGUGGGCUAGAAUAGUUUUGAUUGAGCUGUAAAAAGAGUUAGAAUAUAAGUUAUUUUCAGCUGUCGAACUAGUCGUGUUAGCAACAAUAAGGGUAUUUUUUUUUCUAUCAAAGUUUCAUGAGUUCAUUUAUUUUAAUAGGUUAGAAGAGUUUUGACGGAAGUGUGUAGAAGAGUUGAAUGUGAAACAUUUUCAAUUGUGAAAAGGGUUGGGUUAAUAACAAUAAAGUUAUUCUUGCAUGUAAGAUAAGUUGUGAGUUUACAUUACAGAAAUAGUCUAUUUAUAAUAA